AUGGAAAACUCAAAGGCUAUGGAGGAUGCUGAUGUUGAAGUCACUAUACCGAUUGCUUCGGUGAAACAGGUGCAAGAUAGGUUUACUAAUGUGUUAUUUGGGUACUUUCUGGGGAAAAGAUUAGCGUUUCUAGUUGUCGAGUAUUUUGUUAGCCAUAGGUGGGAAAAAUAUGGAUUGCAAAAAUGUAUGCUGAAUGGUAAGGGCUUUUUCUUUUUUAAGUUUAAGUCAAAAGAUGGGAUGGAACAAGUUUUGCAAGACGGACCUUGGCUGAUCAGAAAUAUUCCACUCUUCUUGAAGCAAUGGUCGCCGAGUACUGAAUUAAAGAAAGAAGAGUUAAAAAAAAUACCUGUUUGGGUGAAUAUGCAUGAUGUUCCCUUGGCAGCCUAUACGGAGGAUGGGCUAAGUUUGAUUGCUUCUAAAAUAGGGACUCCAAAGGCGCUUAACAAUGAAACGACCAAGAUAUGUCUGGAUUCGUGGGGAAGAAGUGGGUUUGCUAGAGCUAUUGUUGAGUUAGAUGCCGAAAAAGAACCAAUGGAGAGUGUGUCUGUUGUUGUUGCUGUUCCUAAUGUUGAUAAGGGCGGAUAUUUAAAGAGUAAUAUUAGGGUGGAGUAUGAAUGGAAACCACCCAGAUGCAACACUUGCAAUGUCUUUGGUCAUGGUAUUGAUGAUUGUCCAACAACAAUUCAUGAGAAAGCUGAUAACAUGAUUCAGGAGAAAGAAAAGGUUGAUGAUCAGGGCUUUAAAAGUGGAACCAAUAGGAAAAGGACAACAAAACAUCAAUAUAAUGUGAAGGAUAGGCAGCGAUUUAUAUACCGGCCUAAGAAACCAGCUGAUAAGAUGGAUUCUUUUAAACCGAGCUCAUCCAAAGGCCCAAAUAUUCUAACUAGUAACACGUUUGAUGCUCUUAAUGAUAUGAAUGAUGAAUGGGGAUCGGAUAAUGAUGAAGUGAGGCUGAACUUGGAGGCAGGAGGCUAUGAUUUUAUGGAGCAGUCUCAGCAGGGAAUCUCUAACAAAACAGGUGCAAGCACACCUGCUCAGGAGGUUAUCAAUGGAUAG